AAUGUGAAAUUUUAGAUCAACUCACCGAACGUGAUAGAACUGGUGCUACAGGAACACUAGAAUUUAUGGCACCAGAACUAUUAGCCGUUGAUGAAAGAGGUCGCUAUCGUAAAGAAUACUCUCAAAAAUCUGAUAUGUGGUCACUUGGAAUGGUACUUUAUUAUUUAUGUUACUCAAAACUUCCAUAUCGUCAAAUUGAUGACGUUGAUCUUUUGAAACAUGAUAUUAUAAAUUUUAAAAACGUAUCAUUUCCAGAUAAUGGUAUGACUAGUAAUCGUAGGAUUUCUAGUCAACUUAGAAAUUUAAUUACAUGUUUAUUGUCUCGCAAUGCUAAAAGUAGGCCAUCAUGUGAUGAGAUUUUAAAAUCUUUUGGCGACAUGCGUUCCACUUUUGUUAGUAUGGAGACCAUGAACAUUUAUGAUGAG